AUGACACAGCACGAGAAGGCAGCUCCUUCGCCACGGCCCACCGUUCCGCUGCAAGUUGUAGAGCUCAGUGAUGAAUUUGUGAAGCUGCUUGGGGUGGACCGGCGGUCCGCGGAGUCCCUUCAGCCUCUCUUUGCGGCGCGCUGCCAGCAGCUGCUGCCUGCCCCACAGGGCACGCACGGCAACCCCAACAGGGGGGCGCGUGAGGCGCUGGGGGCACGUGUUGCCCCGCGUGCGGUGCUGCUGACAAGUAGCGGUUCACUUUUUCUGCUCAAGCACCGUGGCGGCAGUAGCGCUGUUGUGAUGGAGCGUCUUGAGUUUGGCGCGUACCUGCAGCGACACGGCAAACACCCAGGGAGGAGGGUGGAGAGGCCAAUCCUGCAACACCUGUCAGGCAGCGAGGAGGCAGAGGAAGAGGAUGACGACGACGACUUUCACUUUCUUGCGGGCUCUUCUGUGCCACAGGACGAACCGUCGGCACGGAUAGACGUCGUGGUGGAUGAGCGUUGUCUGCCUAACGGCAAGCAGUCUAUCUGCAUCACGGGCUGGGCAUGCAGGGCAGGGAAGUGGGCACGGCACGCAGCGGCGCCGUCCCGGUCUGGUGCCACACAAACCUUGGCAGGCACCGCGACUAGUCGUGCCGUGGCGUCUGGCGGUGGUGGGACGACGAUGACGGGGCGUUUUGUGGUGGCGCUGCAGUUCCACGCCAAGUCAGGCCUGCUGGCGGGCGUUUUGGCUCUGAGGCUCAAACAAGUCGCGGACCACUUCAGGAAACUGGACGUUGUGAAAUUCAUUGUGAGCUCCCAAAGCUACUCCCUGCACCACGCGCAGCGGAACAUGGCGCUCUGUCGCGUGGCGUCAAAACCGUUCGUGUCGUCGUCGUCGUUGUCUCUCUCGCCCCGCCGCGUCACCGUGAGGGACAUGCUCUGCUGUGGCCUUGAAGUGCCCGUCACCGUGACGCUGAGUAACAGCGAUGACGACGAUGACGACGACGACGGCGAGGCGUCCACGCACGCCUUUGCUUACACAUCCUCCAAGUCCUCCUCCUCCGCCGCUUCCUCGCGGCUGUCCUCGAUGUACACAACCGACACGGAGGCGGAGCGUGGGGCCGGCUUGGCUGAGCUGGGGCACUGCUGUUUCUCCACGGACCACACACUGCAGAGCGACGAGACCUUUAAUGCCCGGCUUGUGGAGUUGCUAGACGAUAUUGCGCGCGUGGAGGGUCUGCUGGUGAUGUAUCGGGCGCACGGGCAGCCAACACUUCUGUAA